UGCUUUGCAGACAAUCACAGAAGCACCUCUCUUGUUUUCUUUCGCUUCUUCUUGUUGUUUUUUUCUGUUUUAACUUCGCAAAUUUUAAAUGUCGAAUCAUUACUAGUUCUCCCUAAAUCUGAAACCCUAUUCUUAGGUUAAUAAUGUCACUUCUUUCUAAAAGAAACUGUUUUUAUCUCAUUUUUGCGCUCGAAUAUCGUCGCGUUUUUUCAAUCCACGGUGAAUGUAACCCAGGUCUGACCCACUUUUAGCCUCCUUCUCAAGCAUCUUGGAGCGGAGAUGUUUUCGCCAGGAGAGGAGGUCGAAUCCGAUUUGUUUACCUCACUGAAGGAGUCAUCCGGAGAUGCGAUCUCCCCAACACUGGAGCUCAGUCUGACCACCGUCUACACCGUGCUCUACUCUUUCCUCUUUGUUUUUGUCUACCUGCAGCUCUGGCUCAUCCUGCAUUACGGUCACAAGCGCUUCAGCUACCAGAGCGUGUUUUUGUUCCUGUGUCUGCUGUGGGCAGCGCUGCGGACAACCCUCUUCUCUUUCUACUUUAAAAAUGUGGUGCAGGCCAGCCAGCUGCAGCCUCUGGCCUACUGGCUGCUCUACUGCUGCCCUGUAUGCCUGCAGUUCUUCACACUCUGCCUGCUUAACCUCUACUUCACACAGGGUUCUGGAUGCAGGCCUCGUCUGGUGCUCGUCUGCUUUAAAAGCUCCUCCUCAGACCCCCGUUUGGUUUGUAUCCUAUGGUUGGGUUUUGUUAGGUUUGUUUGCAUUUGCUUAUUUCUGUUGAGUUAUUGGUUUUGCAGUAAGCCAUUUUCUAUUCCCCAUUUUAUUUAUCCGUUUUUCGGGUUUUGUUUCUUUACAUACUGGCUGAUCAUGGUUCCUCUGCGCUUGUUCUUUCUUUCGCUCAGUAUAUUUUUCCUGGUGGUGAAUUUGACUUGCGCUUUGUUAGUCCAAGGAGCUCUGAUGCACUCUGAACCACCGAGUGGUGGGGGGGUCCGACAUGCAGUCUUGGCUCGGGUCCUGAUCAACGACAGCCUGUUUGUCCUCUGUGCCAUAUCUCUGGCUGUGUGCAUCUUCAAAACCGCCAAGAUGUCUUCUGCCAAUGUUUACCUCGAGUCUAAGGGGACAUCAGUGUGCCAAGCGACCGCCGUAGGAGCCGUGGUGAUCCUGCUCUACACGUCUAGAGCCUGUUACAACCUAGUGGUGGUGGCCCUGUCGCCGCAGGACAGACCCAGCCCCUUUAGUUAUGGCUGGUACAGCGUCUCUGACCAGGCCGACAUACAUAAGAUCAGCGGAGAAGCCUACAUCGUUUUUGGGAUCAUUUUGUUUUUCUGGGAGCUGCUGCCCACCAGCUUGGUUGUGGUUUUCUUCAGAGUCCAAAAACCCCACCAAAACCUGGCCCCAGGCGGCAUGAUCAACAGCCACAGCUUCAGCUCCAGAGCUUAUUUCUUUGACAACCCCAGACGGUACGAUAGUGACGAUGACCUGUCCAGGAGCGUCAACAGUAGAACUGAUCGGGCCAGCCUCCUAUCCACUACGCCUCAGAUGGCGACGUCCAGCUGGUACGGCUCAAUCCAACGAAAUGGGAGUUUGGCCCCGGGGGCGGCCCCUGGCCCGCAGCCUCCACCUUCCACGGCCCCGCUCUUAUUUUCCCAAGGAAACGUUCAGAGUCAUCAUCAUCACCAUCACAACUACUACUCUACCCCACAGAACAACAACUACCAGCAUCAUCAACACAGUAAUUACUAUUCCACGCCGCAAAAUUAUUACUGCGGAUCGCAGACGUAUUUCUGCACCCCGCAGAAUUAAAUGGGAUCUAUUGUAGACUUUGGACAAUAUAGAUAACAAAUUAUUACAUCUUUUUGUCCCAUUUUGCUUAUUCAGCUCCAUCAAACCUUUUGAUUAAAAGUACUGCCCACACAACUGCUUCAACAAAUUGUGUGAAAUCGUGGAGAUAAAAUAAGCAAGAAAGUCGGAUCAACAAGACGACCAGCUUUUUUGAGAACAUCAGCACAGAUGGGUAGCAUUGAACUGAAAACAUUUCCUUUAAAUACUUUGGCAAUAUAGAGAAUUAUUGACCAGAAAAAUCCUUUCAAUUGUACAUUUUAAUGGUCUGAAAACAUGGCAGCUGCGUAGCAGGUGCUUAUUUAUGAGGCUAAUUUGCUAAUCCUAAAGCUGUCAGUCAACAGUUCAGGCCAGAGCAACAUGGUUCUCAAACACAAUGACCUUCUUGCGUAUGAAAAAUCAGUCCUAAAAGCAAAUACAGCAAAUUAUAACAUUUUAUUUUUUAAUAAAAUGUUAAUUACUUUAUUAAGCUGGGACAGGGUUCUAUUGUUACACAAAAGAACGUGGAAAAAGCUGCUGUUAGGAAUUGGCUAAUGCUAAUUUACUGAUAGCUGCUUAUGCAGGGAGAGCUAGCAUAGCAUUGCUAGCAUUAGCCAAAAGGAAAAAUAGAAAAGUAGUGAUAAAACAAAGAAAAUUGGACACUUUGAAAUAAAGAAUUCGGUUUAUUACUUAGAUCAAUAUGUGGACUGAAUUCUGGUGCAAUGUAAUGAGAAUGAAAAUACAAAACCUUAUUUUAGGAGAGAGGCAAGGUCACAAAGAGAAAACUAGCAGAACGUGUCAUAAGUAAUUAGCUAGUGCUAGUUUGCCGAUAACUGCUGACAUAAUGAGUGUUAGCACAGCUAAUAAUAAGCCAGAAUAGGGGAAAUAUUGCAAACAUUUAAAAUGGAUUAAAAAAAGUUAUUAUUGUGUCACUGGACAAAAAAAAAACAAAAAAAAAAAUACAUUUUUAUCACACUAAUAUCAAGUUUUAGUGGAACAACAUGGGAUAAUUUACACCAGACUAUUAGGAUCAUGCUACAGGCAAUAUUCUUAUUUAAUAAAUAUCCAAAAUAUGAGUUUACAGUUGUAAUAUCACAUAAAUAAAGUCAUACAGUUGCCUGCUGGUGAAUUAGUUCUGAUACGAAUUUAAUGGGGUAAAAAAUUAAGUAUUUUCAUAUUUGUAAAAAAAAAAACCUAUGUAUAAAGUCACACAAGAACACUUUAUUGUUGUCUCAAUAUAAGUUUUUCUGUAAUAUUUGUGUGGUAUUAUUACUGUAUUUAUAAUAUAAUUCUUUGGUAACAUAAUAUUACCACUUCAUUACUGUGAUAUUACAACUGUAUUCUCAUUAAUCGAAUAUUAUUACUUUAUUCGGGUAUAAUAUUUAUGAUCAUUUUCUGAAUUCUCUCAAUAAUAUCUUCUUGUAAUUACCAAAAAAAAAAAAGAAAAAAAUUGUCUGACCUGCUUUGUCGUACUAACUUCCCAAAUAUAAAAGGAGAAAAAUAAUUGAAAAUAUAGUAAAAUAUGAAAAAAGAAAUAAAUAAUGUUCAAUUGUGUUGUCGAUUUCACUUUAUCACUCUUAUUUUGCAAAACAAAAUGAAAAUAGUAAAAAAAAAUGGCAUAAGGAAUUAGAGCUAGCUUAAUGAUGCUAGCAGUUAGCAAAAAGAAUACAGAGCUCAAUUUAAAAUGAGAACAAAUGAUGAUACUGUUGUUAAAUCCAGUUUAUCUCAGUUAUCAAACUGGAACUGAAUUUUAUUUGAACACAAAAUAAAAGUGUAAAAUGAAAUAUAUCAGCAAGCGCAUUACAGAAGCUUCAUUGAGCUACAUGGCUAACUCUUCCUUUAUAGCUCUUAUAGCUGUUUCAGUGUGUACUUCUUAGAGCCCAUAAAUUUGAAUUGUGUUUGCUCUCAUUGCCUGUUUUUUCCCUGUUGACUGACUAAAACUAAUUUUCAGUUUUCUUUAUGGAUUAAAAGUAAGGUUCCUUAAUGAAAUACGCCUAAAAUCAUGAGAAUGGAGCUAACCAAUCAUUUUAAAUAGGUGAAUGUUUUGGUUUAAACAUACAGUUUUGCCUGUUUUCAGAAAAAUACCUGCAUUUAGCUUUGUGGUAUAAAAUUAGAGGGAUCUUUAAAACUUAUUUGUGACCAAAUGAACCUUUAAUAUGAUCAGAUGUUUUGUGAGCUGUGAGGCAGAAAUUUGCACUUAGUGGAAGAUCACCUUCAGAGAAAAAGGCUUUUAAGCCUGGAAUGUAGGUUUUUCUUCUCAUAUCUUUAUAUUUUCUUUAUGUACUCUGUUGUAUUUAUCCUAGAAAGGAAAUGUCAACGUGCCAUCACAUUUUAUCAUACUGAACAGUUGCAUUCCUUAAAGAAAAUAUUUUUGCACAAGAAUUAGUCAAAGGAUGUGUGCUUUUAAUUGUCUGUUUCCUCGCCAAUCUGUUUUAUAUGCGUGUUGUGAUAUAUUUUAUAGUAGGUGGUGUGUGUGUUUUUAAUAUUUGUCUUUAAGGUUUAGUCAGCUUUUAUACAUUUUUUUUUUCAUUCUAACAGGUUGUGUAUUUCCCUGGUUUCCCCCAUGCUUCCUCUUUUUAUUUCCACAUCACAAGUUUGCAGAUUCUUAUGACAGCCUGUAUCAUCAUUAUUAUUAUUUGUGGUGUUGUUUACGACCCACCUGUUGAACCAAAAUCACUACAUCUGUGGUGAAUUACUAAGAAAGGCUCUCCGAUGUCACGCAACCUUAAACCCGGGAUCGAGAAGGUGUCCAUUCCUCAUGCUGCUGUUUGUACUUUGAGAUUCCAUCGCUUGUGUCGGCGAGUUAUAUCAGGACUCUUUAAAAAUCAAAUGAAGGAGCUGAAAUUCUCAGUUUGGGUCCAGCUUUUUAACAGCGUUGCGAAAUGCAUGUUUCUGCAUCUGUGCGCAAAAUCUGUCACCGUUUCUCUGUCCAAUCUGGUAUUAUUUGUGUGAAAGAUUUUUUCAAGCGGUCUGCUACACAGAAAAUGCAGUGAUAAUUUCCCUGUUGAUUGUUUUAAGGUGUUGAUGGUUAUAUCCAUGGCCAAUCUGAAUGUAACCUGUGCUACCGAUGACUAAUGAUGUAUGCAAGAAAAGCACUACCGUGUUCUAAACCAUGUUUUAAUAAAGGCCUACUGCACUGUUUAGACAAUAGUAGGAAAUAUGAAAAGUCAAACAUAACAUAUUGCAAAAAAAACGUUGCACAAUGUCCUUUUUGUUUCUGCUGCUAAGAGUUGGACCAGUUUUGACCUCUCCCACCUCUAUCCAGUCUGUCGUGCGGCAGCCUUUGCUAACAAUUUCAAGAGGGUAAUUGCAGAAACUGGUCCGUAAAAGCAUAAUUAUGUAUGUUUUGCUGUCCUACCUGUUCCACAUGGAGCCUUUCUUGAGCUUGAGUUACUAAAAAGGCAGUUUCUCAUUCCUGACUUCACAUUAAAUUGAUUCUGGUUCGUAAAACCUGAUAAACAACAGCUAAAAGGAGACGUUUAGGGUUAAGGACAACAUGAUUGAGAGUAAAAAUGUUGGUAAACAGAAAGAUUUCAGUUUAUAAUGAAUAUUUGCAGAUUGGUAGUAGGAAGAUAACCUUAAUCAAGCAGCCAGAGAUAAAAAAUUUUAGGAAACGGCAAGGCAUGUUUGUGUGUUAGACUGGACCAGUCAAAAUAAAAUGGGCAAAAUAUACAUCUUAAAACUUAGUAUUG